AUGAAGUGUAACCUCCUGUCCUGGGCCUUCCUGCUCCUGGCCUCUAGCCCACUGCUGGCCCACCCCAUCUCAGAAUCUGCAGAGAUGUCCUAUCCGGGACCUGUGUCAGUGGAAGACGGAGUCGGUGCUCUGGAUGAUCUGUCUCUCUCCGAGCAGAACUUCCCUUCUCAGGAUGGUCUCAGAUAUUCCACUCUGAUAUCUGGGGAGUUUAACAGAGAUGGCGUCAGAACAGGUCUGCUUCCCAGAGGGAUUAAAAGAGAGGUCCUACUGGAGAAACAAAGUCUCCUAAAUCCUUUCAGCCGUGUGCUGGGCAUCCGGAAGCAGUUCAGGAAGAGAGGAGGGACCGCUGAGUGUUUCUGGAAGUACUGCGUCUAA